GUAAAAAAGAAAAAAAAAAGCAUCCCGAUGGAUUCUCUGAAAUGAGACAGUAUGAGAGGGACAGCAGCAGCAGCAGCAGCACCAAGUGUCACCCGGUCCGCCAACAUGGGGAGGGCUCUGGAGUUUAAAACGGUGUGAAUAUGAUAGCCCAUCUGGAGCCUCUGGUCCUGCUUAUGCAAGUGGAGAUCUCCGUGCACGAUUGAAAGUUGUCAGUUCGGAGGCACUAAACUGACAAGACGUCGGUUUAAGUAAACAACAGACAACGUCUUUUGGAUAUCCUCAAACAAGUCGAUUGGAGAGGAAAGUAAAAAAAAUGAGAGCCUGAUUUUAUCUUGCAGUGGAGGCCCCGCAGGAGAGAUAGGGUUUUGGAGGACAAAAUAAAAAUCAGGCACCGGGGAGGUGAGUGGCGGAUUUACCCUCAGAGGGGGUAAAAACAACAACAACAACAACAAAACCAAAACAUGACUGUGGUGUCCCAGGACAAUAAAGAAGAGGCUGUGACGGUCACCCUUUUGUUACAAGAUGCUGCUGACUUGGAACCGGCGGACCAGGAGUGCAGCGAGAGGGUGGUCAUCAACGUAUCGGGCCUGCGCUUCGAGACGCAGCUGAAAACCCUGUCGCGCUUUCCGGGGACGCUCCUCGGGGAUCCGCGCAAAAGGACGCGCUUCUUCGACCCGCUGAGGAACGAGUACUUCUUCGACAGGAACAGACCGAGCUUUGACGCCAUUCUCUAUUAUUACCAAUCGGGAGGACGGCUCAGGAGGCCCGUGGGUGUACCUGUGGACAUUUUCCUGGAGGAAUUAAAGUUUUACGAACUCGGGGAGGAAGUCAUAGAGCUGUACAAAGACGACGAGGGCUUGCCGAGAGAGGAGGAGCGGCCGCUGCCGACCAACGAGUUCCAGCGGCAGCUCUGGCUCCUGUUCGAGUACCCGGAGAGCUCGGGACCCGCGCGGUCCAUCGCCAUCGUGUCCGUUAUGGUUAUUUUGAUAUCCAUCAUCAUAUUCUGCUUGGAGACUUUACCGGAGUUCAGAGAGGUGCCCCCCGAGCCAGAGCAGCACGCCAACGGAAGCGCAGACAGCACUGCGCCGAGCCCCUUCACAGAUCCCUUCUUCAUGGUGGAGACGCUUUGCAUCGUGUGGUUCUCCUUUGAGUUCACCAUGAGGUUCCUGUCCUGUCCCAGCAAAGCGGCCUUCUUCAAGAACAUCAUGAACCUGAUAGACGUGGUGGCCAUCGCGCCCUACUUCAUCACCCUGGGCCUGGAUCUGGCGGAGCAUGAGGGCAGCAGUCAGCAGGCGGCCUCCCUGGCCAUCCUGAGGGUCAUCAGGCUGGUGCGCGUCUUCCGGAUCUUCAAGCUCUCCAGACACUCCAAAGGCCUGCAGAUCCUGGGCCAGACUCUCCACGCCAGCCUCAGGGAGCUAGGGUUGCUCAUAUUCUUCCUGCUCAUUGGGAUUAUUUUGUUCUCCAGCUCGGUGUAUUUCGCCGAAGUGGAGGACCCCGAGUCGACGUUUUCGAGCAUACCGGACGCGUUCUGGUGGGCCGUGGUGACGAUGACCACGGUGGGCUACGGAGACAUGUAUCCCUCCACCAUCGGGGGGAAAUUCGUUGGUUCCCUGUGCGCAAUCGCCGGAGUGCUGACCAUAGCCCUACCUGUUCCCGUCAUCGUGUCGAAUUUCAAUUAUUUCUACCACAGAGAGAACGAAGAAGAGGAAAAUGUGCAGUACAUCCAUGUGACCUGCGGGCAGCCGGAGCAACAGUGCUCCUUUGGGGAGACGGAUUCCACAAAAAGUAACCAGUCCCUCUCCAAAACCGAGUCCUAUCAGGGGAGCGACGACCUUGAGGUCCUGACUCAUCCAAACGCGACUCAGCCGGGGGCUUACACAGGAAAGCUGACGGAUGUGUAAACAAGACAAGUUUUUGUUUCUGGAGACAGAAGACUAAACGAAGCUUUUUUUCUUCCUUCAGUGACAAGAUUUACGUGUGGCAUUCUCUUC